AUGCCUGGAGUGACCAGUUCACGUUCAGUUACUACACCGAGGACACCACCACCAGUUCCAGCUUCAGUACGGACACCAGAGGCUUUGUCUGAGUCGGAGGAUAACCGUGCAAGUCCAGUUUGGUUCGAGGUCGAACUGCGCAAACCCAGUUCAUCUUCCGGUCUCGGUUUCAGUAUCGCGGGCGGACGUGAUGAAGAUGAUCAAAUGAAUAUGUCUGGUAUAUUUAUUACCCGAGUAAACCCGGAUGGAUUAGCUUAUCAAGAUGGAAGAAUUUUGCCGGGUGAUCAGCUUAUGCAGGUGAACGGAAUUGAUGUUAGCCAACUGAGUCACGCAGAAGCGGUACAAGUUCUUCGCAAUGCUGGUGAGGUUGUCCAUCUUCUCCUCGCACGCUAUCCCCAAUCAGCCGGUUCCGAAAGCGGCCGUUCAUUGGAGUCGCGCAGUUCGAAAGGAAAACGCUAG